AUGCCGGUGGUUAAAGCCUCAACUAUAACUCUUAACAAUGGCAAGAAGAUGCCAGUUCUUGGGUUGGGUACAUAUGGUCUAAGGGGUCAAAAUUGUAUUGACGCAGUAAAGACAGCUAUCGAUGCUGGAUAUCGACACAUCGAUACAGCAUUCUUGUAUGAAAAUGAAACCGAAGUUGGUCAGGGUAUAAAAGAGAAAAUCGAAGAUGGUACCAUUACGCGUGAAGAUAUUUUUGUCACUACCAAACUCUGGAACACUUCCCAUGAGCCGGAUCAAGUUCGUCAAGCGUUCGAUACCUCUAUGGCCAAUCUAAAUCUUGGAUACGUUGAUCUCUACCUGAUGCAUUCCCCACUGGGAGCAACCGUGGAUUCCAACGGAGUCACCGUGCUGACUGACAUUGAUUAUGUGACUACUUGGAAGGCUAUGGAGAACCUUCUCGACACCGGACGUGUGCGCAGUAUUGGCGUGUCCAAUUUUAACAGCGAGCAACUACGUCGAGUCAUCGAGCAUGGAACCGUGAAGCCAGUGACAAAUCAAGUAGAGUGCCACGUGCGAUUGAAUCAGAAGAAAUUGAUCAAGUUCUGCAAGGAUCGCGAUGUGGUCGUUACCGCAUAUAGUCCUCUAGUGAGACCGAGCGCUACGAUAGGCUUGGACUCCUCAGGAACUCCCAAGCCUGCCUUCGAAGAUGAGCGAGUCGUUUCGAUCGCGGAACGUUACGGUAAAACGCCGGCACAAGUUCUACUUCGUUAUCUUGUCGACAUUGGGACGGUGCCGAUACCAAAAUCUGGCAAUCCGGACCGCAUUCGGCAGAACUUGAACAUUUUCGACUUUACACUCACUCCGGAAGAGGUGUGCUCGCUAGAUUCUCUUAAUACCGGCCAACGGCUGGUGAAAUUGCCAUCGGCAGUCGCCCAUCCGUUCUAUCCGUUCCACGAUGAGAUUUGA